AUGGCAACGUCUCUGUGGGAGGUUGUGUCCCUUCCUCCCGUUGGUCUACUGCUGCUCCUCUGCCUGCCACUCUGUCUAUGCCAGCAGCCAUUGGUCAACUUUGAGAGCCUGUCCCCGCCCCUACCGGAGUGUACCAGGAAAGUUCAUCCCGUCGUCCCAUACAAAGCCUUGAGUCCCUGGAUGUCACGAUUCUCUCGUCCCGGAGUGAAGGACUUUUCCCAGCUGACCCUUGACCUGACCAGAAACCAGCUGAUUGUGGGAGCUAGAAAUCACCUCUUCAGACUGAGUCUCAGUAAUGCUUCUCUCUUACAGGCAGUAGAAUGGGGACCAGAUGAAGACACCAAGCGGUCAUGUCAGAGCAAAGGAAAGACAGAGGAUGAGUGUCAGAACUACAUCCGGGUCCUGCUCAUCACCGGGAGGUGGAUCUUUACCUGUGGAACCAACGCCUUUACCCCCGUCUGCACCACCCGGCAGAUAGGAAACAUCAGUCGCGUGAUGGACACGGUGAACGGGGUGGCGAGAUGCCCCUACGACCCGCGUCACAACUCCACUGCCAUGGUAACAGAGAAGGGCGAACUCUACGCCGCCACUGUCAUCGACUUCUCGGGUCGUGACCCCGUCAUCUACCGUAGCCUUGGUAACAUGCCGCCGCUGCGAACAGCCCAGUACAACUCCAAAUGGCUCAACGACCCUCACUUUAUCUCAGUCUAUGAGGUGGGUCUCUUCACCUAUUUCUUCCUGAGAGAGAACGCAGUCGAACACGACUGCGGUCGGGCCGUGUUCUCCCGGGUCGCCCGGGUCUGUAAGAACGACGUGGGCGGUCGCUUCCUAUUGGAGGACACUUGGACUACGUUCAUGAAGGCGCGGUUGAACUGCUCGCGGUCAGGAGAGAUCCCCUUCUACUAUAACGAGCUGCAGAGCACCUUCUAUCUGCCCGAACAGGACCUCAUCUACGGCAUCUUCACCACCAACGUGAACAGCAUCUCUGCGUCGGCUGUGUGUGCUUUCAACCUCAGCGCCAUCACCCAGGCUUUCAACGGACCGUUCCGUUACCAGGAGAACCCUCGUACAAGCUGGCUCUCCACCCCCAACCCCAUCCCCAACUUCCAGUGUGAUACCCUGGAGGAGCGUGGUCCAGGGGAGAACCAGACGGAGCGCAGCCUGCAGGACGCCCAGCGUCUCUUCCUCAUGUCUGACGUGGUGCAGCCCGUCUCCACCGACCCCCUCCUGUACCAGGACAACAUCCGUUUCUCCAAGCUGGUGGUGGACAUCGUGCAGGGCCGAGACACCCUCUACCAUGUCAUGUACAUCGGCACUGAAUACGGCACCAUCCUGAAGGCCCUCUCCACGACCAAUAAGAGCAUGCGGGGGUGUUACCUGGAAGAGAUGAGGCUCCUCCCCGAGGGUGAAAGCGAGCCAAUCAAGAGCCUUGAAAUCCUCCACAGCGAUAGGUCGUUGUUUGUGGGGCUUAGCGACAGGGUGCUGAAGAUCCCACUGGAGAGAUGCUCCAGCUACAAAACUGAACGGCACUGCCUGGACGCCCGAGACCCCUACUGUGGCUGGGACCGUAAGCAGAAGCGCUGCACCACCAUCGAGGACAGCUCCAACAUGAGCCAGUGGAGCCAGAAUAUCACUGAGUGCCCGGUAAGGAACCUGACCCAGGACGGCGGCUUCAGCCCCUGGGCGCCAUGGCAACCCUGUAACCACGACGACAGGGAGGGCGCCAGCACCAGUUGCGCGUGUCGAUCACGCUCUUGUAACAGUCCAGUCCCUCAGUGUGGAGGCUCCAACUGCAAGGGCCCCACCAUCCAGGUGGCCAACUGUUCCAGGAACGGAGGCUGGACCCCCUGGUCCUCCUGGGGUCAGUGCAGCACCAGCUGUGGCAUCGGGUACGAGGUGCGCCAGCGCUCCUGCAACAACCCCUCACCCCGGCAUGGGGGGCGUGUCUGUGUGGGACAAGGCCGAGACGAGAGGCUGUGCAAUGAGAAGAGCCCAUGUCCCCUGCCUGUGUUCUGGUCUUCUUGGGGCUCCUGGUCUCAGUGCAGUGCAGAGUGUGGAGGAGGGGUCCACUCCCGGGUCAGGAGCUGUGAGAAGGGGAACACCUGCCCAGGAUGUGCUCUGGAGUACAAGACCUGUAACCUGGAGGCGUGUCCGGAGGUCCGUCGCAACACCCCCUGGACCCCCUGGAUGCCGGUGAAUGUGACCCAGGACGGGGCCCGCCAGGAGCAGAGGACCCGCUACACCUGCAGGGCCCUCCUUCCAGACCCUCAUCAGCUGCAGCUGGGCAAGAAGAAGGUGGAGACCCGCGUCUGCCCCAACGACGGCACCGCCACCUGUGAGACUGAAGCUCUGGUUGAAGACUUGGUCAGGACCAGUGGAGGAGGCAGUAGUGGUCGACCUUUGCUCCGACAACCAGGUGGCACCAGGUGGUCCCCGUGGGAGACAUGGUCGACCUGCUCCCAGGAGUGUGCCAAAGGCUUCCGCACGCGCAAACGCACCUGUGCCUCAGCCGAGGGCAAGAGCAGCCCCAGUGGCUGUAGUGGAUCCCCAGUGGAGUACCAGGACUGCAACUCCCAGCCCUGCCCAGUGAAAGGAACCUGGUCGUGCUGGGCGUCAUGGUCUCACUGCUCUGCCACCUGUGGAGGUGGGCACUACCAGCGUACCCGUACCUGUAGCAACCCUGCCCCCGCCAACGGAGGUGACAUCUGCAUCGGCCUGCACACUGAAGAGGCCCUGUGCAACACACACACCUGUGAAGGUGGCUGGCUGGUGUGGUCAGAGUGGGGGGAGUGUGACGAGGAGGGGCUGCAGCAUCGCAGCAGGGAGUGUGGGGAACGGGAGGCAGACCCCAGCCUGUGUCAGGGCAAUGCCACGGCGAGCAGGCCCUGCCAGCCCCCCGAGGUGCCAGUCGUUCUGCCUGGACAGGAUAACGAUCAGCGCUGUGGGGCCUUCUCUCUGUUCCACCUGAUGGCCACGGGAGCGUUAUGUUUCUUUGCGGCGGUGGGGCUGUCGGUCCUGGUCUACGCCUACUGCCAACGACUCCACAAGCCCUCCCAGGAGUCAGCCGUCAUCCACCCCACCACGCCCAACCACCUCAGCUAUAAGGGCAACACGACGCCAAAGAACGAGAAGUACACCCCCAUGGAGUUCAAGACGCUGAACAAGAACAACCUUCUCCCAGACGAGAGCUGCAACUUCUUCCCCUCGUCCCUCUCGCCCCUCCCCUCCCUCCCCCAGAAUAACGUUUACACCACCACCUACUACCCUGCACCCCUGGGCAAAUACGACCACCCCUUCCACCCCGACUCACCUUGCAGGAACUAUAUGCACCACAGUUGA